AUGGCCUCUCUGCCAGUUCCGGAUGGCAUAGAUCUCAGCGAGUCCAGAGUUGCUAGCAUCAUUGGUGCUCUCAGUUGCACGUGGGCACUCGCAGCCAUCGCAGUUGCGCUUCGGUUUCUUGCCCGACGAAUACAAUCCAACAAGCUUUGGUUGGAGGACUGGCUGAUAACUGUUUCCUUGACCGCAGCAGCUGUGCACGUUUUUAUAAGCAUAGGAUACAUGAUACCGAAUGGUACCGGUGAACACAUUUGGGUAGCGCCAACCUCGGCGACAAGAGCGUGGGCAAUUGGACUUUUCGUAUCAGAAGUAGCGUACACAGUGACGUUAUCAACAGUCAAGUGGUCGACAUUGGCGCUCUACUGGCGAAUAUUCAAUGCCCGUAAAAGCAUCAGAUAUUACAUCUGGGCUAUGGCCGGCAUCGUCUUAGCUUGGUUUAUUGCUGUUAUUCUCGUCACGAUCUUCCAAUGUCUCCCUGUUCAUGCCUUCUGGGCACGCUACGACACAGUCAAACCCCUGUCGUCUGAUCAAUACACAUGCGGUGUAGAUGUCAAGAUGUUCUUCAAGGGAAACUCUAUUCCCAAUAUUAUAACGGAUGCACUAGUUGUGUUAUUACCUAUCCCCUAUGUGUGGAAGCUACAGCUGCACAAAGCACAGAAGUUUGCCCUUGCAGGUAUUUUUGCGCUCGGCACUUUCGUUACCGUAGUCUCUAUGGCCCGGUUAAAUGUGAUUCUUUCAGUCGACCUCACAUCACCGGACAUUACCUGGAAUUUCAUCGACACCAUUAUCUGGACUAAUGUCGAAGCCAACACGGCUAUCAUCUGCGCCUGUCUCCCAUGCCUGAAACCGAUCCUCAACCUCGCGCUGAAUGGCCGACUGAAAUCUUCAAUCAAACGGAGUGGCCAGAACUCAGGCGGACAAUACAUACUCAACGACCGUACGAAGCCCAGCACGGCAAAUGGAAGCAGUUAUCUAGGAGGCUCUGGUACUGGGGCGAUGCGAAAGGGGCUCGGCGGCGGCGGUGCCGAGGACGAGCGUCCUUUUACUCGACUGAGUGAACGUGAUUCUGAGCCAAGUAUUGAUGUCGCAAACGAUGACGGUGGCAGUGGGCAUGAAAGUUUGAGCAAAGGGAGAGAUGACCCAAUCGAAGUUAUCGAACGACAAAAAUGUGUGGCAGAAGAGCUUGCCGGCGAGGCAAUCGCUUUAGAAGCAGUCCUUAGAGUUUCACCGACGACUGCAGAUAAUGAGAAUGCUGCUGCACCAGCAGUACCAGUAGCACCGGCAUCGCUGGCUGCUGCGUCGUCACCAGCUCCUGCCGCCCUAACUGUGGCUGUAGAGGAUCCGGACCCAUCCACUGAUGGCUACGAGAGCGGUGGCGAUAGCAGAGUGUUGAAACCGGCCGGCUGGAUCAAGCUGCAAGAGCUGAGAUGGAGAUUUGCUUGCGAUGACGACACGACGACGCCUGACUACGCCCCGUCCAGAAUGACAAACCUCAUCGAAGAAGGUCUCAGCAAGUUCGGCUCCGAGCUCUACGCAUCAGAGACCAACCCGGAACGUCUCAGAGCUGGUGGAUUCGUGACGAAAGUUCACAAUAUCAAAAAGGUGCCUUUGGAAAUUUUCGUGGCGUUCUCUGAAAGCGUCACCGGUAAGAUAAUCGUUAUCACCAGCGUCUCGCCGGAGAGCCUUGGUCUGGCUACUGCUUCUGCUAUCAUCCCUGUCGUUGACAUUCUCAUCAAUAACGCGGGUGUCAUAGCCCUCCCGGAUUUUCAGCUUUCCGAAGAUAGCAUCGAAAUGACGUUUGCCACCAAUCACGUCGGCCACUUCCUCUUCACGAACCUCAUCCAGUCAAAGAUUAUCAAGGCAGGAGAGACAUCUUCAAAACCUACCAGAAUUAUCAACGUCAGCUCCUACGGACACCAAUCCUCGCCGAAGGCCAGCUUCUUGACGGGUCAAGAAUGGUCCGAAAAGUCUUACGUUGGUUUCCUGUCAUAUGCCAAAUAUGGCAUCAGAUCCUACGCUAUCCAUCCCGGCGCAGUCACCACAAACAUCAAUCGCCACGCCAAAUCGGAGGAGAUUAAGAAGGCACUCAAGAGGUUGAAGAGGCUUGGAUUCGAGACUCCCGCCAAGACACUAGAUCAAGGCGCCGAUUCCUCGGUCAUCUCUGCCGUGGAUCCCGACUUACCGAGCAUGGACCUUUCGAGCCUUGAGUCGAAGGGCCUUUAUAUGAUUGACUGCGAGCUUGAUGACGAGCAGUGCGCUGGAUUUGCCAGGAACCUGGAGUAUGCUGACAAGAUCUGA